AAUAAAUAAUAUUACAAAAUCAAGAAACAACAUAAUUCAGAAUAUUAAAAUAACAAAAGAAAAGAAAGAAAGAGAGACAGGCUUAAUCAAAAGCACCAACCAAAGUUACCAACUACAUCACAGACAAAAACCAAAGAGAAGAGAAGAAAGAAAGAAACAACAAUGGCCAUGGAAGAGAAAAACAAGAAAAUCAAGAAGAUCAAGAAGAUCAAGAAGAAGAAAGAUACCAAAUCCUCGCCGGACAUCUCCUUCAAACCUUCCUCCGCCGUCAAAGGCCUCAAAUUCGGCGGCCAGGUAAUCGUCAAAUCAUUCACAAUCCGGCGAGCAAGAACACUCGAGCUCCUCAAACUCCUCUCCCUCCCUUCUUCAUCAUCACCAUCUCCGCCGCUUCUUUCCAUGGCGGCGUAUCUUCCGACCAACUUCACAAUCUUAGCUCACCAAGCAUGGCACACGCUCACCCUCGGGCUAGGAACGAGGAAGUCCAAAGUGAUAGUCUUCGUGUUCGAAACGGAGGCGAUGAAGACGGCGGUCACGGCGGCGGAGGGAGGACUCUGGCCGUCGGAGAUUCCGCUCGGUGAAGUGAACAAGAAGAUGAUCAGAAAGUUAAAGAGCUGGGAGAUGGCGAGGUUCAAGUUCAGGAAAGGGUGCAUCACGUUCUACGUAUACGCUGUGAGAAACGCCGGAGGCGAGGGGUUUGCGGCGGCGGAAGACUUAAAGGUAAUCUUACAGGCGGUGGUGGCUUUGAAAGACUUCAUGGAUCAUACGGCGAUGCUUGUAAUGCCCCACCAGAAAGCUAUUAAUUACGCUUCUUGCCCUCCUUUUGCUAUGGCUCACUAGAGUGGCCAUCUUUUUUUUUUCUUUUUUUUUUCCUUUUUACUCAUAUAAAAAUAGUUCCGUUUAUUUUUAUUUUUUGUGGUAAAGUUUGAUUCAUUGUUCACUACAAAAAAAGAGUUGAGUUAAAUCACUUAAAUUGAAUCACAAAACUAAGUGAUUUUAUUUUAAAUUACUUAUUUACAAAUGAUACUAAUAUAAAUAAUCUAACAUCAGUUAAAUUAAAUGAUGUUAUAUUAAUUGAUUUGGCAUCAGUUAAACAAAGUGAUAUGAUUUUUGUAUCACUUGAACCUAAACGAUACGAUUAUAUUUAUUUAUAUCAAUUAAAUAAUUGAUGUAAUGAUUUUUUUGUUAACAUCACUUAGUAAAUUGAUAUAAUAUUUACAUCAAUAAGAAACUGACGCUAACAAAAAAAAUUCUCACUGCAUUUUCUUUUGACAUCAGUUUAAUUAAAAUGAUGUUAUUUUAUUUAAAUUUGCAUCACUUAAAACCUUUUUCUGAUACAAAACUUGAAAAAACCUUGAUAAUAAAAGCUCUUUUCAAAAAAAAAAUAAAGAACCUAGAUAAUAAAAAAACGUGAUGCAGUUGAGAUCUAGUGGGUUUAAUAUUUUUCUCUUAUGGCUGCAAUUUAAUUGGAUUUUGUUUUAACUGUUUCAUCUAAAAAAAGCAUAUUCUUUUUAAUCAAAACCUAGAUCCUAUUUAGCAGUUCCUCUCUUCUCUAAUGCUUGAACUUUCUUAACAGUUUAAUUGUUCUAUCUGUUUCUUUUAUACGAGCCAAGAGAUAGAAGCCAGUCGUGAAGUGAACCAUUAUUUUCUUAUAUGAUGAUGACCACGAAUUUGGUUGGAAAUCUGAGAAGAUUUUACUAAAGAGAUGAUUAUCAAUCUUAUUUUAUAUCUCCGGAGCAAGAGACUUGAUCGUAUGAUUACAUAAUUUGUCAUUGAGUACCAAAGGCAUGAAUCAUUGAAAGAGGAAACUAGUUCUAGUCUAGUGAUGACGGAUUCUCCAAUCUUAUUAACAUCACUCAAACGAUUAUAUGCUACUAAUGGAGAUCGAAGAUGAAAAAGAGAUGAAGAUGACAAAAUGUCGAUUGAAGAACUCAUGUGGGGAAUUCACUUAGCUUCUCUUUGUUCAUUUUUUCUGAGAUUUUUUUUGUAAAGCUUUUAUUUUAUUUUUUCCUUUCUCAUACCUGUGUGUACAAACAAAUUAUAAAUGGAAAAAUAUUUUGU